GAAAAAAAAACCCAAAGAGGCAGAGGCAGAGCAGAGGGCAGCCGAAAACGUUGUCGUGGAUCUCAAACAACGUUAAACCCAAAACCCAAAACCCUGUUGGAUGAGUUGUUUGAUCCUCAUCUUCUUCCAUCAAUGUUUUCUGCCCCGCUUCGAAGACUCUCUUCCAAUAGGGUUUCUACUCUUCUCCUUUCCAAUCGCUUCAACAAUGUCGUUUCAUUGACAGAUUUUCAUUCAGAUGUUGCUUCAUCAUGCAAUGUGGCCCAUAGAAGCAUUCGUGGUGAAUAUGUACUGCCUUGUACGACCAAUGUCGUUGGUCCUUUCAACGGGGUGUCCCGUUGUAUGUCGACAUCGAAGGGAAGGAGUAUGCGUAGUAAGGUGGAGAGGAGAAUGAGAAAGGAGUCUGGUAAAACCUUAAGGGAGAUCCGAAGAGCUAAGAAAAUAAAGAAAAAGCUGAUGACAGAGGAAGAGAGGCUCCUUUACAAUCUCAAAAGAGCCAAGAAGAAAGUAGCAUUACUUUUACAACAACUUAAGAAGUAUGAACUACCGGAGUUACCAUCACCUCGUCACGACCCUGAACUCUUGACCCCCGAACAGCUUCAAGCUUACAAAAAAAUAGGCUUUAGGAAUAAAAAUUACGUCCCAGUUGGAGUUCGUGGAGUGUUUGGAGGAGUAGUCCAGAAUAUGCAUCUCCAUUGGAAGUUUCAUGAGACUGUGCAAGUGUGCUGUGAUAACUUCCCCAAAGAAAAAAUCAAGGAAAUGGCGACCAUGCUUGCAAGACUAAGCGGUGGAAUCGUGGUGAAUAUACAUAACGUGAAAACGAUCAUCAUGUUUCGUGGAAGAAACUAUCGCCAACCUAAAAAUUUGAUACCGAUCAACACCCUUACAAAGAGGAAGGCAUUAUUCAAGGCCAGAUUUGAACAAGCUCUUGAUUCUCAGAAACUGAACAUAAAGAAGACAGAACAAGAGCUCAGACGAAAGGGUAUAAACCCGGAGGAUCCUGUGGCUAUGGCUAGCAUCCAGAGAGUAGCUUCAACAUUUUUUAACGCCAUUGACAAAAAAGAAGGUACCCCUUACGUCUUCUAUGGCGAUAAGCAGACGGGGACUGGAAGCAAGAUUAACAUGGCAGAAGCCGAAUCUAAUAGUGACAGUGACCAGGAAGAGUUAGACCGAUUCAUAGCUGAGAUAGAGGAUGCAGCAGAUCGCGAUUGGGUUGCUGAGGAAGCGGCCGAGAAAGAGGAGCUUAGCCAAAUCAGGUAUAGAAAUAGAGAAGAACAUGGCGGGAGAUUCAGAAGAUCCGACAUGCGGACAAAUGACAGUUCUGAAAAUGAGAUGGAAAAGCCAAGAGUAUGGAGACAGAGAGACAGUAAGCAAAGAUUACACGACAGUGAAGAAGAAGAUGAUCAUGAUCAUGAAAAUGAGGAAGAAUGGGAUUCUGAUGAUGGCCGGAAUGCUAACAAUAUUGAAAGUGGUACGGAUGAUUCUGAUGGAGCUCAUGGGAUUGUCAAGGCGACUCGAGGAGCCAGAGGGAGGCAUGAUUUAGCCAAAAACAAAAGUUUUAAGAGAGAUGUGCAGCAGCCCUUUGUCAGAAAAAGGAUGGAUACAGAAGCUUCAGAGCCAGAAAAUAUGCUCAGUGAUCUCGAAAGUGCUAUGUGGGAAUCAGAUGAGGAGGAAGAAGAUGACAUGAAAGUUUCAAGAUACGUGGAUCAAGAUUACAAGAGCAAAGAAGACGAUUUGCAUCACAACAAGGAACAUGAAAAUAAUAGGCUGAAUGAUUAUGACAGUAAUGUGGAUGAAUCUGAUGAAGCUUACGAUAGAUUUGAACACAGAGACACUAAACAAAAGCAGGCUAGAAUGAAGAAUAGUUACAACUACGAUGUUAAUUCGGGAAAUGCAAUGUGGGAUUCAGAUGAUGAGGAAGAGUCGGGGGCAUCAAGAACUCAGAGAUACGAUUACUGGAGUGGUAGUGAUGAAGAUGACAAAUGAAAUGAACAGUGGAGUGGAUGAAUUUAUAGAGGAAAACAAUGGCUGCAAACUUCAUCUUAUGUUGUGAGAAAGAGAGGCAAAUUUUUGGUAAGUUUUAGCCACCCCAUGAAACAGACCAUUCAACUGUACCUUAAAUAUAAUUCAUUCAUAUCGAUCACAUUUGUUUAGCGUUUUUCGGUUUAAACUCUCUGUUUAUUGAAAGCUUAGCGACACGGUGCUAGUGCUACUAUUUGUAAAAUCCUACCUGGAAAAAAAAAAAAAAAAGGCCAAAGACAGAACUGAGAGAGACCAGAAAGGCCAUCUAAGAUCAUAAGAAUGAAGCUAGAAGUGGAGAAUGGUAAGAAUCCAAAAUCAAAGAGAGAUGACACAAGGACUUGAACUUGAA